GACACUUUUCGUGCGCGGAUUCCAAUCCUCUACUGGUCUACCGCUGAUUCUACUCCACUACUACUAGCUCAAUAGCACACACACACAUACACGUCUUUCGACCUUAGUCUGAUCCCAAGAAGCAACUUGGCUUGCCUCCGACCUCCGACCCCCGUCCCUGCAAACCCCGGUUACCCGGCCUAGUCCUGGCUGGUUGGAUUGGCAUGGCAAGGUCUGCUCAGCUAUGGGGCAUUUGCUCUGUGAGUGUCUGUUUCUCUCUCUACGGAGUGAGUUUCUCUCUCUCUCUCUGUGUGUGUGUGUGUGUGCCCUUUCGACAACACCACCCGACUGGUCAAACCGUCCAAUCCUACAGGGAUAUUGGCUGUCGCAAAUCUGCUGACAUGGAUGCAAGAAUUUUCCUUUCCCUUUCUCGCCUCGUUGCUUUUACCGCCGAGGGGAAAUCCUUUACUGAGGCAGGACGAAAUCCAUGCCGCCCCAGCCACCGACGGCCGUCCCCUGACCGACCCUGGCAGGUGUCAACCUGAGCUUGACCUGCAGCAGUCAGGUAAGGGAUUCGUCGGUGCUCAAGGUAGGACGGUGGUCAGGUCUGUUUGAAUUUUUUUUUGGCC